UUCACAGUGACUGUUGGCUACUACUGUCGACUCAUACGAGGAGACAGGCAGGCUGAGUCCCUCUACUCGGGUAGUACCGUCUGUAGGUUGUGUUAUUCACCUAAACCCAUUAGCUUCAUCUGGGACACACAGCAGUUAGUUCGGCGCGGGUUUCGAAGUGACUCGGUAUCGUGAAAUUAGGACAGUAUAGGAGAAUAUGUGAAGACCGACGGAAUGACAGUUAACAUGCCAAAUAACGAAGCAUUGUCACUUUUUUUUGUCGAAAGCUAAAGUAGGCCGCUAGGACCGCCGCUUAGCUACGCGGAGAGAACCCGUCCUACAGCCCGCUACUCCCGGGCCUGAGAGACAGCAGUGUUAAACUACAGCUGCCACAACAAUUCACCAGACGACAACAGCGAGUGGAUGUUUGUUUUAUACAGCACAAGGCCUGUAUCCUGCUGACAGACAUGGAUCCACCCAUCUCUGGUCCCACAGCACAUCUCAAUGGCCACUUCCCUGAAAUCGACCCAGCCUCUGGACUCAACCCCAAGCCGGACACGGACGCCACCUGCCUCACUGUGCACCUUUACUACUCGGAGAAGAAUGGAGGAGGGGGCGGUUCAGGAAAGGGUUCAGAAAGCGCUCUCACGUUUCCACCUGGCGAGUACGUGGCCGAGGAACUGUGCAUCAGUGCAGCGAAAGCUUGUGGGAUCGCUCCAAUGUACUGCAGCUUGUUUGGUCUGAUGAGGGAAAGUGACAAGAUAUGGUUCCCUCCGAACCACAUCUUUAAACUAGACCAUCCAGCCAGUGAGAGCCUACACUUUAGAAUCAGAUACUAUUUCCCUGGCUGGUAUAACAGCAGCAAUUCAUUGUAUGCCCACCGCUUUGGCGUGUCCAAGGGGAUGGAGAGCCCUGUGAUGGAUGAUUGUGUCAUGGCAUACCUAUUUCUUCAGUGUCGAAGUGACUUCCUGAAUGGCUUGGUUCCUAUUCCCGUGAGCCACGAGGCCCAGGAGGAGUGCUUGGGCAUGGCGGUGCUGGACAUGAUGAGGCUCGCCAAGGAGAGUGGUCAGUCACCCGUUGACAUCUACAAUUACACCAGCUACAAAUCAUUCCUGCCGAAAUGCAUGCAAGGCCGCAUCCAGGAGUACAACAUCUUGACCCGGAAGAGGAUCCGCUAUCGCUUUAAGAAGUUCAUCCAGCAGUUCACUGACUGCAAGGCCACCGUGUGUAACCUCAAGCUCAAAUACCUGAUGAACCUGGAGGGCAUGCUGCCCUGCCUAUACUCAGAACGCUUCCAAGUCACAGACCUCCCCGCACGGGAGGUUACCAUCGUUGUCAUGGCCGACACAGGCAUCCAGUGGUCGAAAGGGAAAGAGGAGGAUGGGGCACAAGAGGAGCUGCAGAAAUACUGUGACUUCUCAGAGGUGAUCGACAUCAGCAUCAAACAGUCCAAUAAGGAAGGCUCCAUGGAGAGUCGCAUUGUGACUCUCACCAGACAGGACAACCAGAUCCUGGAGCUGGAGUUUCGCUCACUCCCAGAGGCUCUGUCCUUCGUGUCAUUAGUGGAUGGGUAUUACAGGCUGGUUGCAGAUGCCCAUCAUUAUCUGUGUAAAGAGGUAGCUCCACCGAGACUUCUGGAGUGCAUUCAGAGCUACUGCCAUGGCCCUGUGUCGUUGGAGUUUACAAUCGGUAAGCUGCGUCGCUCCGGUAACCACCAAGGCCUGUACCUCCUCCGCUGCAGCCCCAGGGACUACGACAAAUACUUCAUGUCAUUCGUGGUGGGGUUUGAAACUUUGGUGGACUAUAAGCACUGUCAGAUUGUGAAGAUGGAGACAGGAGAGUACAAUCUGAGUGGAGCCAAGAGGAGCUUCGGCUCGCUCAAAGAACUGCUGCACUGCUACCAGAAAGAGGCGCUGCGCACCGAUGGAUACACGUUCCAGCUGAGCAGGUGCUGCUCGCCCAGCCUCAAAGAGAAGUCCAACCUGGUGGUGUGCAGGAAUAAUCAAGGGGCGGAUGUUCCACUGUCUCCCACCCUCCACAGACACAACAUCAGCCAGAUGGUCUUCCACAAGAUCCGAAAAGAGGACCUCGUCAUCAAUGAGAGUCUGGGCCAAGGAACUUUCACCAAGAUUUUCUGUGGUGUGAGGAAGGAGACGGGAGACUACGGAGAGAUUCACCAGAUAGACGUCGUUAUCAAGAUCCUGGACAAGGCUCACCGCAACUAUUCCGAGUCCUUCUUUGAAGCAGCCAGUAUGAUGAGCCAGCUCUCCCACAAGCACUUACUCCUCAACUAUGGCGUGUGUGUGUGUGGCAAUGAGAACAUGAUGGUGCAGGAGUACGGUAAAUUUGGUUCACUGGACACCUACCUGAAGAAGAACAAAAGCUGUGUUAACAUCACCUGGAAGCUGGAAGUGGCCAAGCAGCUUUCCUGGGCUAUGCACUACCUGGAGGAUAAGAACCUCUUCCAUGGAAAUGUUUGCGCAAAGAAUGUCCUUUUGAUCCGAGAGGAGGAUCGGAUGACGGGCAGCCUGCCCUUCAUCAAACUCAGUGACCCGGGCAUCAGCAUCACCGUGCUGCCCAAAGAAGUUCUGGUGGAGCGUAUCCCAUGGGUGCCACCGGAGUGCAUCGAAAACCCCCAAAACCUGAGUUUAGCCACAGACAAGUGGGGCUUCGGGACCACCCUCUGGGAGAUCUGCAGUGGAGGAGACAAACCACUCAGCACCCUGGACUGCUCCAAGAAGAACUUGUUCUAUGAGGACAAGCACCAGCUGCCGGCUCCUAAAUGGACGGAGCUGGCCAAUCUGAUCAACAGCUGUAUGGACUACGAGCCCUCGCACCGACCCUCCUUCAAAGCGAUUAUCAGAGAUCUCAACAGCCUCUUCACACCGGACUACGAGCUGCUGGUGGAGAGCGACAUGGUGCCCAACAGGACUCGAGGCUGCGGCUUCUCGUGGGCCUCAGAGAGCCAGGAGCCCGCCCAGUUUGAGGAGAGGCACCUCAUCUUCCUCAAGCAGCUGGGCAAAGGAAACUUUGGGAGCGUGGAGAUGUGUCGCUACGACCCCCUGCAGGACAGCACAGGGGAGGUGGUGGCCGUGAAGAAGCUGCAGCACAGCACAGCGGAGCACCUCAGGGACUUUGAGCGGGAGAUCGAGAUCCUCAAAUCCCUCCAGCAUGAGAACAUCGUGAAAUACAAAGGGGUGUGCUACAGUGCAGGACGGAGGAACCUCCGACUGAUCAUGGAGUACCUCCCCUACGGCAGCCUGAGAGAUUAUCUCAUCAAACACAAGGACCGCUUUGAUUUCAACAAACUGAUGCACUACGCAUCGCAGAUCUGCAAGGGCAUGGACUACCUUGCCACUAAGCGGUACAUCCACAGAGACCUGGCCACGAGGAACAUCCUGGUGGAGAGCGAGAUGAGGGUGAAGAUCGGAGAUUUUGGCCUGACCAAGGUGCUGCCGCAGGACAAGGAGUACUACACUGUCAGGGAGCCCGGGGAAAGCCCCAUCUUUUGGUAUGCUCCAGAGUCGCUGACAGAGAGCAAGUUCUCAGUGGGAUCAGACGUCUGGAGUUUCGGCGUUGUCCUCUACGAACUCUUCACUUACAGUGACAAGAAAUGCAGCCCACCUUCGGUGUUCAUGGACAAAAUGGGAAAUGAAAAGCAGGGCCAGAUGAUCGUCUACCAUCUGAUAGAGCUGCUGAAACAGGGGUACAGGUUGCCUGCUCCUGAUUAUUGUCCAAAGGAGAUUUACACGAUUAUGACGGAGUGCUGGAGCAGUGAGCCGAGUAUGCGCCCUUCUUUCAAGACAUUAAUCCACAGUGUGGAGAACGUACGAGAGAACAAGGACGGAUGAGACGCAUUGACGCCUUUAGCUGUCCACUCUGGGGAGUCAUUCCUCACCGAGUGUGUUCUAUGACGAAUGAUAGUAUCUACUUUCUGAGCAAUUAACCCCAUUGUUGUGAUAUAUUCAAAUUACCUGGUUGAGUAUUACACUAGAUCUGACUUAAACAUCAAAUAUUAAGACAUAUGAGUUGCCUUAAAGAAAUUCAUCAUGGGAUAAAUUAUAUUUUUCUAAGUAAAGUCAAUUAUUUUUAAGCCUUGAAAUCAGUAUUAGUACCAAAAAUGUAUAAAUAAACAACAAGCAGUAUUUAAUUUGUUAAUGCACACACGGGGACCAGAUGUGAACAUCUCUACAGGUGGUUUGGAGUCACAUUCCUGCUGUUACAGAUAUGUAUUGACCAUUAAUGCUGAUUGAGCCUCACUGAUAAAAGAGUUUGCAUUUGCAGUAUUACGAAAUCGGUCCCAAAGAAAAAUAAUAAAUGGUGCACAGAAGGGAAGUGGGAUCUAAAAACAUUUGCGCAUACGGCUUAACUUCAUAGAGAACUGAACAGACAUCUCUGAGAUUUGAACUUAAUCACCAACCUCUUAAUUCAUGCUAUAUGCUAUAACAGCAACUGAGAUUUCCUUAAGAUCUGGGUAGCGGGAAGAGCUGUAUCAUGGACUAAUGUUUUUGAAAGUCUUUGUUUUUGAAACCGGAAAUGUUGAUGAUGUCAUAAUUUAUGGGUUUCUGUCUUUUAAAUACAGUAUAAGGUUUGCAGUGUUAUAAAGAUACUUUAUCUGCAUGUACAUACAGUAUAUUUAGUCAUGUUCCCACUCAUUUAAAGUGGCUAAGGAGCAUGUGCAUAAGUUAAAUAUGUUAAAUAUGUGUCCUGAGGUGCUUUACAUUGUCAGCAACAAAUGUAUUAGUGUUAAAAAUAGAGUGUUAUAAAAGUAAAAUGUGUUACUGUCUGUUUGAAUCCAGUCCCUAAACAGAUUGUAAUUUGUGGAACAGCAUCUGUGUCUUGUUUUGAAAAAAACAAUGUUGUUUUUUAUGGCAGGCCUUUCACACAUGCACAAAAUGUCAAAGCACGGACACCCUGUCACAUCCGUGAGAAUGAGUCAUUGUAAACAGCAACGUUUUCUCACUCACAAACGUAUCGACGCUCCGCCCCCGGGGCAGUAUCACAAUCACGCUGGGCUGACUGUUGUUUACGUCAAGACAUUGUCAGUUUCUUCAGUUUCUAAAUCUUGCCAAGCCGGACGUUCUUUUUUACUUUUCCCACCUCAUAUGUUUUACUCAUAAAGCGUUAUUGGGAUGUAUGUACAUUGAUGUUUGAACCAAAUAUUGUUGUUUUGUGAAUAUGUAUUCACAAUGUUCAUAAGGAUGUUAAACCAGAUUUAACUGGUGUUUUUACCAUUUGUUUCAACUAUUAUUUUUUUUCCAUUGUCAAUGACAUUAAACCUGGUGCUGUCAUCCAAUGGGAACAUGCAGCUACAUUUAUUACAAGUGUAGAUAAAUGUAAAUAUUCUGAAAAAUAUAUGUGUAUUAUAUUCCAGGUGUGUACAUAAUUGUAUUAAAGGAAACAUAUUGCAGUA